GUUCGGAUGUAACCGAACAUUUUAUACUCUCGCAAUUUAUUUAUUUAACUUUAUUUAUAUUAUAUAAUACGCAAUUUGACCCACAUAUUUGUCAUAUAUAUUGUAUAAAGUCCAUUGAAAGUUGGAAACCAUAAUAUUAGGUUAGAAGCACAGAAGUCCUCAUGUUCGAUAUAUAGGGCCUUGAAAACCUAUGGUCCGAUUUCGGCGAUUUUUAGAAUGGGGCUGCUACACUAUAAACAUAGUAUUUGUGCAAAGUUCUGCACCGAUAUCUUCACUAGUACUUACUUUAUAUAUUGUAAAGUAAACGAUUCAGAUCGUCUUCAAAGUUCUGGGGGGUUACUCUGUAAGGCGUUGCGCAAGUGAAAAUGCUCGUUAAUGAAAAAAAGCAACUCUGUAAGGCGACAAGCGAAUUCGAAAUUGCGUUUUGCGCAUUUAUUUUUACCCCUUCGCAAUGGCAGCACUCUGUAUUGCGUAAACGACUGUCAAAUCUGUGCGUUUAACGAGUUUUUGAUUCGAUAUCAAAAUAGCAAACGCAACGGACAAAAAAUGGAAAAUUCUAAAAAUAAACAAACAAACCCAACACAAUUCGAAAUUUUAAUAAAUUACAUGAAAACACAUUCGGAACUUUCCAAAGGACAGCUGAAAACUGUGGACGCGAAAAAUGCUGCAAAUAAUUUAUGGAAAGAGUUGGUAUGUGACCUUAAUGCUGCAGGGCCACCAUCACGCGAUGUCUUAAAAUGGAAAAAGGUUUGGUCGGAUUAUAAAACCCAUUUGAAAGCAAAAAUGCGGCGGAACAAACUAAGCAUCUCUGGAACUGGUGGUGGUCCUUCAAGUCAUUGCUCCUUAACACCAUUGGAGGAGCAGGUUAGUGAGCUUCUGGCAAUGGAAAUAUCCGUCAGUGGAAUAAGUGGCACUUUAGAAUUUGGUGCAGCACAGUUAACGCAACCAAGUGAGUCAGACAUCACAACCGACGAAUUCCGACAGAAUGAACCAACGCCAGUGGAUGAAAUGCCACAUUGUUCACGUCGAAGAGUCGCUCCGCAAAAGAAAGAUAGCCUUUUAAAUAAGCAGGUGGAUAACCAAAUCUCAUAUCACAAAGGUUCAUUAAAAGUGUUGUCUGAAAUUAAUGAAAACCUAAAGGUGAUUUCAAAAUGUAUGAGAAAAAAACAAAAAAUGAGUAAAAGGAAAUAUAAAUUGGCUGUUGAAAAAUUCGAACACAAAAAAAGGAUUGAUUUGGACAAAACAAAACUAAAAUUUGCAACAUUAGAACUAAAAAAGCAAAUGCUAGACAUUAAACGGUCCGACCAAUAAAAAUAUGGUAUUUUAGUUAUUGACAUUGAAAUCUGUUACUUAUUUUUUAAUACUUACUGAUAAUUAUUUAUUUAUUAUAUUAAUAGUUUAAAUGAAUUGUUUUGAUUUAAAAACUUUUUUUUACUUUUUAUUACAUAUAUAAUACUUACAUAUAUAGAUAUGUAUACACAUGU